CAACAACUUUCUAGCUCCGUGUUUGUCACUUCCGAGUUACGUCAACGGGAAUCUGAUCCUCAGCCGCACGCGGCGAAUCCUCGGUUAAGGAAAAUAGAAAAAUCAGCCUACGCGCCACCGCACAAUUGCCUAAACAUUAAGCAGGAAUCGCGCCCUUUUCCAUUACAAUAUAGAUACGAGUUGAGAAAGUAGUUAUAGAGAGAAAUUAAAACCCCUAUUGAGUUUUGAGAUUAAGGAAGCAAUCAAUGGAGGUGGACGCGAAUUCGCAAGCUCAAGUCGUUCCGAGAGAUCGGAGACCUGAUGCUCUUGGAGGUUUCCAUGUCCUUCCGGAUGAAAUCGUUUGUUCGAUACUGACUUUGCUCUCACCUCGUGAUGUCGCUCGUCUUGCUUGUGCUAGCAGUGUGAUGUAUAUCCUCUGCAAUGAAGAACCUUUGUGGAUGAACUUAUGCCUUAAUAAUGAAAAUCGUGAGCUUCAGUACAAAGGAUCCUGGAAGAGGACAACACUGCAUAGACUGCAAGUUCUGAGUAAAUGUGAUGAUGACCCUUACAGAAAACCACUACACUUUGAUGGAUUUAACUCUUUAUUCCUGUAUAAGCGAUUAUAUCGUUGCUAUACUCAGUUAAAUGGGUUUGCUUUUGAUCAAGGAAAUGUUGAAAGAAAGACAGACAUUCAACUAGAUGAGUUCCUUCAACAAUAUGAUGCACAUAAACCUGUUCUAAUUUCUGGAUUGGCUGAUACUUGGGCUGCAAGAAAAACCUGGACUCCUGAACAGCUACUACUCAAAUAUGGAACUACACCUUUCAGAAUUUCUCAAAGAAGUGCUAAAAAACUAUCCAUGAAGUUUGAGGAUUAUGUGUCCUACAUGCAAGAACAACAUGAUGAGGAUCCCCUAUACAUUUUUGAUGACAAUUUUGGAGAAGUUGCACCAGAUUUAUUAAAAGAUUACAAUGUGCCAAAUCUAUUCCCAGAUGACUAUUUUGAUGUAUUAGCUAAUGAUCAGAGACCACCUUUUAGAUGGCUUAUCAUUGGACCAGAGAGAUCUGGUGCAUCUUGGCAUGUUGAUCCUGCUCUUACCAGUGCUUGGAAUACUCUUUUGUGUGGGCGUAAAAGGUGGGCCCUGUAUCCUCCUGGAAGAGUACCUUUAGGUGUAACAGUACAUGUAAAUGAUGAAGAUGGUGAUGUUGACAUUGAAACUCCAUCAUCAUUGCAGUGGUGGUUGGACUUCUACCCACUUCUUGCUGAUGAAGAUAAGCCAAUAGAAUGUACACAACUACCUGGUGAAACUAUUUAUGUUCCAACUGGGUGGUGGCAUUGUGUUCUAAACCUUGAAACCACAAUUGCUGUGACACAAAAUUAUGUAAACUCAAAAAAUUUUGAAUUUGUAUGUCUGGAUAUGGCCCCUGGGUAUCAACAUAAAGGUGUUUGUCGUGCUGGAUUGCUCGCCCUUACUGAAGGGCAUAAUGGGGAAUUCUCAUCCAUGGAUGACAAUGACAGUGAAAAUGAAGUUUCUAGAAAGGAAAAAAGAGUGAAAAUUGAUGACCACAUGGAGGAGUUUUGUUAUGAUAUAAAUUUUCUUACCAUGUUUUUGGAUAAAGAUAGAGACCAUUAUAAUUCGUUAUGGAGUACAAGUAAUUGUAUUGGACAAAGGGAAUUGAGAGAUUGGUUAUGGAAGCUUUGGAUUGGGAAACCUGGAUUAAGAGACUUAAUAUGGAAGGGAGCUUGUAUUGCGUUACAUGCUAAUAAAUGGUCAAAUUGCAUGGAAGAAUUAUGUGCCUUUCAUAAUAUUUCUUUGCCUGUAGAUGAAGAGAAGUUUCCAGUUGGCACUGGUAGCAAUCCUGUUUAUCUUGUAGGAGACAAUGUUGUCAAGAUUUUUGUGGAGGAUGGUUUAGAAGCUAGUCUUCAUGCAUUAGGAACAGAGCUUGAGUUCUACAGUAUAAUGCAGAGAUCGGAUUCCACUUUGAAACAUCAUGUUCCUAAUAUUUUAGCAAGUGGGAUAGUUUUUAUUGAGGAUGGAAAAUAUAAAAUUGUGCCAUGGGAUGGAAAAGGUGUACCUGAUGUAAUUACUAAAAAUAGUACAAUUCAAGAAAUAUUUUCUGAUGUUGAGUACCCUUUUGGCAUCUGGAGCAAAAAGCUAUUUGAGUAUAGGAAAGCUGAUAUGACUUUGGACGAAUUGGUCAUUUCUGGUGGACAAACAAACAUUUGGCCCUACAUUAUUACUAAACGAUGCAAAGGGAAAAUAUUUGCUGACUUAAGAGAUACACUCUCAUAUAAGGAGGUUUCAAAUCUAGCUUCCUUUUUAGGGAGGCAAUUGCAUCAUCUCCAUGUUUUACCUGUUACUCCUCUGAAUGUUUCAGCAUAUUUACAAAUGGGAAAGGAAUUAGGUCGUUUGACUAAGUGGGGUUAUCCAAUUCCAAGUGCACUAAUUGAGAAAGUUAAUGAAUAUCUCCCAAAUGACUUUGUAGAGUUGCAUAGUUUGUUCAAGGAUAAAAAUGGUUUGUUUCAAGUGAGGAAUUCUUGCUCUUGGAUACACACGGAUAUAAUGGAUGACAAUAUUCACUUGGAGUGUUGUGGUGUUGUGAAUGGGUCAAAUAAUGACAAGGAAAUAUCAUCAUGGCUUCCAAGCUAUAUUUAUGAUUUCAGCAAUAUGUCUCUAGGUGAUCCAAUAUUGGAUUUGAUCCCGAUUCACUUAGAUAUAUUUCGUGGAGAUUUACAGCUCCUGAAUUUGCUUCUUGAAAGCUAUGGACUUCCUUUUGGGAAAAGAAAUUCAUGGGAUAAUGGAAGUGUAGUCAGAAGAAUAUCGUACCUAACAAUGUGCUAUUGUAUAAUACAUGAGGAGAAUAUAUUAGGGGCGAUUUUUGGUAUGUGUAAAGAAUUGAGGAGCGCAAAAUCAUGGGAGGAAGUUGAGGAAACUGUGUGGGGUGCUUUGAAUAACUACUUUUAGCUAUAACAUAUUUUAUUUUUGUAUUAUUUUUGUAACAUUUUUGAAAUAAAGUAAUUUACCAAAAUUACAAUAUUUUUAUUCGGUUUGCUAUAUUUUAUACCUGGAUAGUUUUGAUGAAAUAACAGUAUGUUUU